GCCUCUCUUCAGUAUACUUCGCGUCGCUUGUUUGCCAAUCACAUCCCAUCGACGCUGAGCAGAGCUCUCCGUCAGCCUCCCCGCGCCUCAAUUCUAGAACGCCAACAAGGCAUCCUUUCCGCCCAAGAUGAAGUUCGGCAAACACAUUCAAAAGAGGCAGCUGGACAUUCCAGAAUAUGCCGCCAGCUUUGUCGACUACAAGGCUCUCAAAAAGCGGCCUUGCAGAUUCACAAGCGUCGCUUCAGGCAAACAAGGCUACAUUUUUCUUCCGACUAGAACGUGAGCUUGAAAAGGUCAACAUCUUCUACUUACAGAAGGAAGCCGAGCUCAAGUUACGUUUGAAGACACUGGCAGAUCGAAAGAAGUCGUUACAAGCACGCGGCUUGUCGGCUUCGAAGCUCUCCACAGUCUUUGUCACGCUUGAUGAAGGCUUUCGCUUGUUUAACAGCGAUCUCGACAAGCUCCAGCAAUUCAUCGAAAUCAACCAGACAGCUUUCUCGAAAAUUCUCAAGAAGUGGGACAAAACUUCCAAGUCACGUACGAAAGAGUUGUAUCUGUCCAGAGCUGUUGAGAUCCAACCUUGCUUCAACCGGGAUGUAAUUAGAGAUUUGUCCGAUCAAGCCACUUCCAGCUUGCUCGAGCUUGGAGCUUGGGCAGAAGGUGAGAAGAUCGAAUAUGUCCCUAGCGGUGACCAACAGCAAAGACCGCAAGCAGGUGCUCAAGAAGACAACGACAUAGAGAUGCAGAUGCAACAGGCAGUCAACACUGGCAAUGAAACACUAAUCAAAGAAUGGAUCACAAGACUUGGAUCGACUGAUGAAGCAAGAGAGCGCAUCAAUCGUAUCUUUCUUAGCACCGUCAAUGACGCACCGCUCGAGAUGCAAAAGACCUUGUUGGAGACGGAUCUGGUCAGCCUGGACUACGUGGAUGAGAUUAACGAACGCACUUGUUUGCACGAACUCGCUAUCUCAGGAAGACUACACACUUUGACCAUGGUCCUGGAGCGAGGAGCAAAUACCACAGCGACAGAUAUUUAUGGACGUAUUCCGCUACACUAUGCUUGCAUGCGCGGUCAUGUGGAAGUCGUCAAGGAUCUGGUGAAGUACGACUCGGCUCAGUCGAUGCAAGGCAUAGAGAGCACGUCGCCAAAUGCUGCGCCUGUCGCGGAAAGUGUCGACUACAAGGAUCUGGACAACUUCACACCCCUCAUUCACGGCAUUGUGCAUGCUCGCUUUGCCGCGGUGCAAGCAGUAUUGGAGCUGGGCGCUCGUGUAGAUCCAAGUGGUGAAGCCGACCAUAUCCCAAUCAACCUGGCGUGUCAAUAUGGAUCGGUCGCGAUUGUGGACCUGCUUCUCCAGUAUCAUCCACAGAUUUUGCCGGAUGCUGAAGGUCUCUACCCACAACAUCUGGUUCCCAGAUCCGGCCGUAGUCCACAAAUAUUGGAGAUGUUGAAGAACUACGGAGCUAACCUGGACCAGCCAGACAAGCUCUAUCAGUGGACUCCGCUCUUCCAUGCUGCAAGCGAAGGCCACCUGUCUUGCUUACAGUCUUUGCUUGAGUUGGGUGUGGAUGUUGAUGCGUUGGACGAGAAAGACCUCUCUGCCAUGUACUACGCUGCAUGGGAGGGUCACCUUGAUUGUCUGCGUCUGCUAGAGAAAGCAGGUCAUGGUAGAGGCAUUGCUCGCGAAGAGCCAACGCCUGCUCCUGCCACUUUCCAAUCGAUCCUUAGCUCGAGCGCACCGAUCCCUGCGAGUGCAGACAUGGAAGCAAUUCCUGAUCUCUCUUUGCCGCCACCAAUUAUUCCUCUCAGACGCUACGGCCACAACUUCCUCGACACAACGAAGACAUUCAUCGUCAUCAGUUUCGAUUCGCAAGAUUCUGACGCUAUCGAAUUCUACGGCGACAACAAAUACCCUGCUGCAAGACUGACGAUAUCAUCCAAGUCGUCUGAUCUUAUUCCCCGCAACAUUCCAUUGCCGAUCCAGGACGAGUUCAAGGUCAUAUCUUUCCAGAUUGAUAAUCUCGACACGUUCUCAAUCGAUUUCGACAUCUUCCCCACCUUCGGAUCCAAGGUGAUUGCCAGAGGUGCGGCGUCGUCUCUUGUGUUCUCGAGCAGAUACAGUAGCUCUGGAAACUGGCAUCUGGAACUCUUUGACCCUAGACUUCGAGCCAUUGGACGCAUCAGCUUCAAGUAUCAAGUAGUCACACCAUUCCAUGGUAUUCCCAUGGAGAUCACGCAGUUUGCUACAUACUGGAAGGCGACAAGCCAGAUCAGCUCACAGCCCAACGCUCUCAUCACCGGUUCGAGUCUUAGCGGCGACUACAUGCGUAUCUUCGUGCAGGCAACCAAGGAUGGUGUACCCGUCCUAUAUCCUUCGUGGGCCAUCCCUUCGGCACUUGCCUCUUAUGGUGUGAGAAACGAUCUGAUCAGCCGACUGACUUAUGAGCAAUUCGCCGCGAUCGGCAAGGCAAACGGCAAAGGACCGGAAAGCCUGAGAACACUGCUACACUCGUCGCCGGAUCUUCUGGCAAAGGGACUUGCAACCUCUUGGACGUCACUGCACGAUGUCCUUGAGAUUCUGCCUCCGCAAAUGCAUCUUGAUGUACACAUGCUCUUUCCUACAAAGGCCGAAGAGGAGCUCCUACAGCUUGGCCCAACGGGCAACAUUAACGAGUUUGUCGAUGCCUCUUUGAAGGAGGUCUUCGAUCAUGCGAGCAGACUCCGCGGAGCUAACGAGGGCUUCAUCCGAUCAAUCGUGUUCUCGUCGUACAACGCCGACAUUUGCACGGCGCUCAAUUGGAAGCAACCCAACUAUCCUGUGCUUCUGUGCAACGACCUGGGCAUCGAACAAGCAAUGGCAGAAGAAGCAGAGUGGCCCGUGUACAGCAGCGGGCGCACGACGACCUCUGUCAAGGAAGCAGUGAGAAUUGCACAGAGCAACAACUUCAUGGGACUGAUGUGCAGCUCAAGGUUGCUGGUAAGUGACGAGCGCAUGGGCAAGACAAACACGUACUGACUACAAGCGCAGGGACUGGUGCCUGCACUGAUCGAAUCGGUCAAGACGGCCGGCUUGGUACUGAUCGCAGACGUGACCAAUUCAACGCAUCGAUAUGUAAAGACAGGCUAUAGAUAUGGGAGGCAUGGCGGAAGGCGUGACAAGAUAAAGGCGGCG